GUUGGCAUUACGUACUUAAUGCCAUAUUCAUACUUAUAUUCAUAAACCCAGUCUCAGACAUAGUACGACUGGUGGAUUCGUGAUGUAUCUAAUGAAUAACCGGAAGCGCUCGUCUCUGAGAUCUCAGGCACUUCGCUCUCUUUGAUCAGUCUCUGCGAUUGUUUUUUUGUUCUUCUCGCAGGAAAUCCCUUGGAGUUUACUUUCUUGGUUAAAUUUGCCCACACUGUCCGUUUUCCUCCACCUUGUUUCACUGCAUCAAGUUUUGCUCCUGUGCGCUGGGGAUUCAUUCAUUUACCAGCAAUUCGGAUUUCUGUUGGAAGAUGUUGUUUCUCAUGCAGACGUGUAGAGAAUCACUCUGAAGGCUCAGGAUGAGAAAAUGGCGCAUUCGUUUACUCCACCAGGACCUAAAAGUUUCCAUAAGUUCACCCGUGAAUCUCUUAAGGCCAUCGAGAGCCGGAUCGCUGAGGAGAACUCCAGAAAGUCCAAGGACAAGCAUGAGAGAAAUAAAAACGACGAAUGCAGGAGGAAACCCAACAGUGGCCUGGAGGCCGGGAAAAAUCUGCCCUUCAUAUACGGAGACGUUCCCAGAGGAUUGGUGUCCACACCACUGGAGGACCUGGACCAGUUCUACAGCAGUCAGGCAACUUUUAUAGUAGUGAACAAAAAAAAGACAAUCAGUCGUUUCAACGCCGCUCCUGCCUUGUACAUCUUCAGUCCCUUCAACCCUCUGAGGAGAAUAUCAAUUAAGAUUUUGGUGCAUUCAUUGUUCAGUAUAUUUAUAAUGUUCACUAUCCUGGCAAACUGCACUUUCAUGGUGUACUCACAGCCUCCAGACUGGGCCAAGAAUGUAGAAUAUGCCUUCACUGGGAUAUACACCUUUGAAGCGCUCAUAAAGAUCAUCGCCAGGGGAUUCUGUGUGGGACAGUUUACGUUCCUCAGAGACCCGUGGAACUGGUUGGAUUUUAUGGUUAUAGUCAUGGCAUAUUUAACAGAGUUUGUGGAUCUGGGUAAUGUGUCCGCCCUGCGAGCGUUCAGAGUUCUUCGCGCCCUGAAAACUAUAUCAGUCAUCCCAGGGCUGAAAACAAUCGUUCGAGCUCUGAUCCAGUCAGUGAAGAAGCUGUCAGAUGUGAUGAUCUUGACUCUUUUUUGCCUAAGCGUCUUUGCUUUGGUCGGACUGCAGCUAUUCAUGGGAGUUCUUAAACACAAAUGUGUGCUCCAGUCAUCCAAUCAGAACUUUACUGAUUAUAUGGUUAAGAAUGCAACGAGGUGUUACGAAAUACCUGACUGCAUGGAAUACAUUACAAAUCGAAGUAACCAUUAUAUCCCAACGGGAAAGAAAGAUGCUCUGAUCUGUGGGAAAAGUAGUGAUGCUGGGCAGUGUCCAGAAAAUUUUGUCUGUGUAAAAGUAGGUCCCAAUCCAGAUUAUGGUUACACAAGCUUUGAUUCCUUUGGCUGGGCCUUCCUUUCCUUAUUCAGACUGAUGACUCAAGACUACUGGGAGAAUCUUUACCAACAGACACUUCGGGCCGCAGGAAAAACCUACAUGAUUUUUUUCGUGCUGGUCAUUUUUUUGGGAUCGUUCUACCUGGUGAAUCUGAUCCUGGCUGUGGUUGCCAUGGCAUAUGAAGAACAAAAUCAAGCCACUAUGGAUGAGGCUUUGAAGAAAGAGGAGGAGUUUAAUGCCAUGAUCCAGCAGCUGAUGAGACAGGAGGAGGAAGCUCAGGCUGAGACAGAAGCAUGUGAUGGGCUCAGUGGAGAAAAGACGGACUCUUCCUCGGACACUUCCAAACUCAGUUCCAAAAGUGCCAAAGAAAGACGCAACCGCAGGAAAAAGAGACAGCGUCAGGGGGAAGGCGAGAAAGAAGAAGAUUCGAACAGGGAGAGAAAUUAUAGAAAGGCCAGCUUCCGUUUGACAUCUGAUGGAAAAAUCAAGAGCACACGUGAAAGGACCUACACGUCUCCACAUCAGUCCCCCCUGAGUUUUCAGGGUUCAAUCCUCAGCCCACGUCGAGACAGCAAAGGUAGCAUCUUCAACUUCCGCAGGCGUGUGAAUUCAGAAAACAACUAUGCUGACGACGAGCAGAGCAUGUGUGAGGAGACGGGCAGCCGGAGAGACUCUCUAUUUCUACCCUCUCGAUCCGAGCGGCUUUACAGCACUCUUAGCAAAAGCAGUCUGACGCCGCGUAUACUGUUGCCGUCCAAUGGAAAAGUACGGUACGUGGUUGACAGCAAUGGCAUGGUGAUAGUGUCAGGCGGAGCGUCUUCACCCAACUCGCCCUCCGGAAUACUGACGCCGGAGGUGUCCAGAAAAAGAGCCACGUUUGACGACACUUGUUAUGACACAGAUGAAGAGCGACGCCGAUCUGGUUCAAGGACCUUUUCAAAGGGUUUUCUAUAUGACCAGUCUGCGAGACAGAGAGCUUUGAGCAUCGCAAGUGUCAGCAACAACCCUACUGACUCGUCGGAGAUCUUGAAACAGAAGUGUAUGGAGUGCUGGAUCAAUUUUGCUGAGAAUUAUCUGAUCUGGGAUUGCAGUCCCACAUGGCUGAAGAUAAAGAAAACUGUCCACAUGGUUGUGAUGGACCCCUUCGCAGAUCUGUUUAUCACCAUUUGCAUAGUGAUAAACACAGUAUUCAUGGCCAUGGAGUAUUAUCCCAUGAAAAAUGAAUAUGUUUACAUGCUUUCAACUGCCAAUGUGGUUUUCAUAGGGAUCUUUGCAGCGGAAAUGAUAUUCAAGAUUGUUGCAUUGGACCCGUACACUUACUUUCAGGAAGGAUGGAAUAUCUUUGACAGCAUCAUAGUCACACUGAGUCUGCUGGAACUUUGUUUGACAAAUGUGGUGUCUGGAAUCGGUUUUCUUAGGCCAUUCAGACUGCUGAGAGUCUUCAAACUAGCUAAGUCCUGGCCGACUCUGAACAUGCUAAUCAAGAUCAUUGGCAACUCACUAGGUGCCUUGAGCAACCUGACGCUUGUGCUGGCCAUCAUCGUCUUCAUCUUCGCUGUGGUUGGCAUGCAACUGUUCGGGAAGAACUACCGUGACUGUGUGUGUAAGAUUUCUGAGGACUGCACGCUUCCUCGCUGGCACAUGUACGAUUUCUUCCACUCGUUCCUCAUUGUCUUCAGGGUUUUGUGUGGAGAGUGGAUCGAGACCAUGUGGGACUGCAUGGAAGUGUCGGGACAGCCAUUGUGCUUAAUUGUGUUCAUGAUGGUCAUGGUCAUUGGAAAUCUGGUGGUUCUGAACCUGUUCCUCGCUCUGCUGCUCAGCUCAUUCAGUGCUGACAACCUUGCAGCCCCCGAAGACGAGGUCGAAAAGAACAACCUGCAGAUAGCAGUUGGCCGAAUCAAGAAAGGUUUUGCUUUAUUUAAGGCCUGCCUUCAGAAUUUCUUCCGGAGCGGCUGUUUAAGGAGGAAGCCAAAAAAGAAAACCAUAGAUGGGAACACUAUUGGGAGAAACUGCAAGGGAAUAAAUGACAACUCCAACCACACCACACUAGAGCUGGUUAAAGGCACUGGAGAUACGAACAUGGAUAGUGACACUGAGAAUUAUAUCAGCAAUCCAAGCUUGGUCGUCAGUGUCCCGAUCGCUGAUGAAGAGUCUGAUUUUCAGUGCCUCAACACUGAGGAUUUCAGUAGCUUUUCUUUAGACCUAGAGGACAAAGAGAAGCUGUCUAACGUGGCUCCCAGCUCUUCAGAGGGCAGCACGGUGGACCUCAGACACUUCGGUAAAGAUGGAGAAGAAGCUUUGGACUUUGAACUUGAAGAAUCUACAGAUCCAGAUGCCUGUUUCACACCAGGGUGUGUCCAAAAGUUCCCGUGCUGCCAGGUGGAUGUUGAAAAGGGCAUGUGGAAAAAAUGGUGGCUGCUGAGACAGACCUGCUAUAACAUAGUGGAGCACAGCUGGUUUGAGAGCUUCAUCAUCUUCAUGAUUCUGCUUAGCAGCGGUGCUCUGGCAUUUGAGGACAUUUACCUUGAAACAAGGAAAACCGUAAAGACCAUGCUGGAAUUUGCUGACAAAGUUUUCACCUACAUCUUCAUUCUUGAGAUGCUGCUAAAAUGGGUGGCAUAUGGUUUUGCCAAAUACUUCACCAAUCUCUGGUGCUGGUUGGAUUUUGUUAUUGUUGAUGUCUCUCUGAUCAGCCUGGUAGCCAACGCCAUGAACUAUUCAGAUCUGAGCGCCAUCAAAAGUCUCCGAACACUGAGAGCCUUCCGACCGCUCCGAGCUCUCUCACGCUUUGAGGGAAUGAGGGUGGUUGUGAAUGCUCUUCUGGGUGCUAUCCCCUCCAUCAUGAAUGUCCUGCUGGUCUGCCUCAUCUUCUGGCUCAUUUUUAGCAUUGUGGGUGUCAACUUCUUCGCCGGAAAGUUUUCUGAAUGUGUAAACAUCACCUCAGACAAGCGCAUGCCUAUCACAGAUAUCAGUAACAGAACAGAAUGUGAACUAAGGCCCGAAGAACUCCGCUGGAGAAAUGUGAAAAUCAACUUUGACAAUGUAGGAAAUGGAUACCUGGCCCUGCUACAAGUGGCCACUUUUAAAGGGUGGAUGCCCAUUAUGUAUGCAGCUGUAGACUCUCGCAAAGUAGAAGAGCAGCCAGAGUAUGAGGUGAAUUUGUAUAUGUACCUCUAUUUUGUCGUCUUCAUCAUCCUUGGAGCUUUUUUCACAUUAAAUCUCUUCAUUGGGGUCAUCAUUGACAACUUCAAUCAGCAGAAGAAGAAGUUUGGGGGUCAGGAUAUUUUCAUGACAGAAGAGCAGAAGAAAUACUACAAUGCUAUGAAGAAGCUCGGCUCAAAGAAACCCCAAAAACCCAUUCCAAGGCCAAAAAACAAGAUUCAAGGAUUCAUCUUUGACCUCGUAACCAAACAGGCAUUUGACAUUUUCAUUAUGGUCCUUAUAUGGCUCAACAUGGUCACUAUGAUGGUGGAGACAGACGGUAAUUCCCCAGAUAUUCUGUACUGGAUCAAUGUUGCCUUCAUUGUGCUCUUUACCAGCGAAUGUAUGCUAAAGAUGAUCGCGCUACGGCAGUACUUCUUCACUGUCGGCUGGAACGUAUUCGACUUCAUCGUGGUCAUCCUGUCUAUAGUUGGCAUGUUCCUGGCAGAAAUCAUUAAGAAGUACUUUGUCUCACCCACCUUGUUUCGUGUCAUUCGCCUCGCCCGGAUCGGCCGCGUGCUACGUCUUAUCCGAGGCGCCAAGGGAAUACGGACCCUUCUGUUUGCAUUGAUGAUGUCACUUCCUGCCCUUUUCAACAUUGGACUUCUUCUCUUCCUUGUCAUGUUCAUCUAUGCCAUUUUCGGCAUGUCCAACUUCGCCUAUGUCAAAAAAUCGGCCGGCAUUGACGACAUGUUCAACUUUGAGACAUUUGGCAACAGCAUGUUGUGUUUGUUUCAGAUCACCACAUCGGGAGGCUGGGAUGGCCUUCUGGCGCCCAUGUUAAAUAGCGAACCUCCUGAUUGCAACCCCAAUAAAACCUUCCCUGGCAGCAAGGUUAUAGGCGACUGCGGGAACCCAUCCAUCGGGAUUUCCUUCUUUGUCAGUUAUAUCAUCAUAUGCUUCCUGGUCGUGGUGAACAUGUACAUCGCUGUCAUCCUGGAGAACUUCAGCGUGGCCACCGAGGAGAGCGCCGAGCCUUUGAGUGAAGACGACUUUGAUAGGUUUUACGAGGUUUGGGAGAAAUUUGACCCGAACGCCACGCAGUUCAUGGAGUACAACAAGUUAUCGGACUUCGCCAAUUCUCUGGAUCCUCCUCUGCGAAUACCCGAACCCAACCGACUGCAGCUGAUCUCCAUGGAUCUGCCAAUGGUGAGCGGUGAACGCAUCCACUGUCUGGAUAUCUUGUUUGCUUUCACCAAACGAGUUCUUGGGGAAGGUGGCGAGAUGGACGUCCUUCGCGGACAAAUGGAAGAACGAUUCAUGGCCUCCAACCCCUCAAAGUCCUCUUACGAGCCCAUCACCACAACCCUGCGUAGGAAGCAUGAAGAUACGUCUGCUGCAAUCAUCCAGAGAGCCUUCAGGAAGCACUUGGUCCGACAUAGUAUGAAGAAGGUCCAUAACACCAAGCAGCAAAACGGGAAUGUCCCAAGUAAAGAGUCUGUUGACAAUGACAAGUGCAAUGAUAGUGGCACUUCAGAAGAUACUGACACAAUGCCUGCCAUAUCUUCUCCUAGCCUGUCACAGAACACCACCAACAAAUACGAGAAGGACAAACAUGAGAAGGAAGUGGAAGACAAAGGUAACGGGGUUUAGAGUAGCAUUACGAACAAUUGUUUACAACUUUUAUUUCAAGUUAUUUGUCAGGGUCAGGUGACCUUGUCCGUUUGAUGUGGAUGUCUAUGCCAUACUGCCUGAGCAUACUUGAACUUUGUGCCUAUUCUGGAGCUGUGAUUAACAUGAGUUGGGCAGUGAAGCCUUACCUGUUUCACUCAGUGGCGAAAAUGGCGAUGGACCAAAUGUCAUUGUUUUGUGUAAGUGUUGAAUCCGAUGUGUUUUCUUUGUGUGUUGUUCAGCAUAUUUGUGAGUCAGAGCUGCAUCCAGUGUCAUGCAUUUAGAGAUGAAGUGUGUGAUUUUUGUGUCACUUGCGGCACCUGAUCCUUAAAGGCAAAACAACUGCUAAAGCGAUUUCUCUCUCAAUUCAGCAAGGACACCAACAAAUUGAUGAAAAGUGCUCAUAAAGGCUCAAGUUAUAAUGUUAAAAAAAAUUAUAUUGCACAUAAAUUCUUUUGCACUUUUUAUUAAUCAAGGAAUCCUGAAAAACAAUGUAUCAUGGUUUCAGCAAAAAUAUUGAGUGGCACAACUGUUUUCAACAUUAAUAAUAAAUAAUGCUAGUAAAAAACGGCUCCAAAUCUGCAUAUUACAAUGAUUUCUGAUUCAUGUGACACUGAAGACUGACUGAGUAAUGAUGCUGAAAAUUCAGUUUCACAUUAAAGUAAUAAAUAACAUUUUAAAAUAUAUUACAAUAGACUUUAGUUAUUACAAAUUUUGAUCAAAUAAUUGCACUAUUUAAGAUACUAUAAAUAUACUGGGCCCUAUUUUCUAGAAAACAGUUGUACCACCUGCUGUGAAAAACAGGAAAUUGGUUGUGAGUGGUUCAGAGUUGGGAGCAAAAAGUAUCUUUCUUCAUCAAUCACUAGUGAAGGAUAUGGGACUGUGUGUGUUCUUGUGAUGUUAUUGUCGAGACGUCAGGAAUUAUUGCAGUUCCCACUAAAAUUGAACAGGAUUGUCUGGUGCUUCGAUUGCUGCAGAAAUAACACACUUCAUUUUUAAAUGUCAUUUAUACAUCAACAGUGAGGUUGCUUUUUCCAUGUUACUUGAGACAGAGCUGAUGUAUUUUUUUCUUCCAUUGACUGCUGCGCACCACUGUUGCAUUCUGUUGUCAUCAAUAUACGUGUAAUUAUAGUUGCAUGACAGCUCACCUGUAGUCACACAAGUUUCGCACUCAGUAUUUCAGAAUGGCUCAGUGCCUCUCAGGUCUCUCUUCAACAUGCUAGAAAGCCAUUUGCACACGUGCCUUCCCUACUCGAGAGCUUGCAGCAAACUCUUUCCUUAAAACCUCAAGACUUACGUCACAUCUUGAACUGUGAACUGUGUCUAAUUUCAGCCUUCCCUGUAGCUGCCUCACUGAUAUUGCACUUGAAAAUUAAAAAAAGAACAUUUGCUGAAAAUGCAUUUACCCUCAAGCCAUCUGAGAUGUAGAUGAGUUUGUUUUUUCAUUGGUACGGAUUUGGAGAAAU